UAGGAGGAGGAGGAGAGGAGGAGGAGGAGGAGGAGAGGAGGAGGAGAGAUGCGGGCGCAGUCGGGAUGGGAGAAGACACGGUGAGGAGGGCGCGCGCUUCCCAACCGUGGAAAUUUUGCAUCUCGUCUUUGGAAAUAAGGACUUAAAAAGACUUCCACAUUCCGACCUCCUUUCGCCACCUCCUCUCUUUCUCUCUUCUUGCGUGCGGGAUGUGGAGGACUGCAGGUGGAGAGGGGGGAAGGAAAAUACCAUUUCGUGUAGAUUUCUGUUGUGAAAUGUGCGCGCAAGUCUCGCCUGGAUAUUUCCACCUUUCCUUUACGCACGUUUUAAUUUUUUAAAAGUCACAAGCCUCGACUUGAGGAUGGAUUUCUUGAAUUUUUCCAGCCUGGAGGAAAGGGCAGAGGCAGAGAACAUCUCCUCUAAUUCCACCUCUGAGAGCCAGUACAGCCAGCUCGCGAUCUGGGGUCUGGCUGGACUUGUCAGUUUUCUCAUUUUGUUCACAAUAGUCGGAAACGUUUUGGUUGUUAUCGCUGUUUUAACGAGCAGAGCUCUGAAACCACCCCAAAACCUCUUUCUUGUCUCUCUGGCCAGCGCAGACAUACUGGUGGCCACUCUGGUCAUGCCCUUUUCGCUGGCUAAUGAACUUAUGGGCUUCUGGUUUUUCGGUAAAAUCUGGUGUGACAUCUACCUGGCUCUGGACGUUUUGUUCUGCACCUCUUCUAUUGUUCACCUGUGUGCUAUUAGUCUGGACCGAUACUGGUCAGUGACACAGGCGGUUGAAUAUAACUUAAAGAGAACACCUAAAAGAGUUAAAGGCAUGAUUGUGGUGGUUUGGCUGAUUUCAGCAGUCAUCUCCUUCCCCCCUCUGAUUUCUAUGGAUAAGACCAGCAGUCAUACCAGUCCCCAGUGUGGGCUGAAUGAUGAGACCUGGUACAUCCUCUACUCCAGCAUCGGGUCCUUCUUUGCCCCCUGUGUUAUUAUGAUCCUGGUCUACAUCCGGAUCUACCAGGUGGCAAAAACCCGGACGAGAACGAUGUCGGAGAAGAAGAGGGAUGUGGAUUCGCCAAUGGAAAAUGGGAUGGACAAAGCCGAGCCCGGGAUAGGCGGGUCUAUAAAGUCCAGCAGGGGAGGGAGCAUGAAAGACCAGGAGCGUGAGAACGGCCACUGUCAGGAGCAAGGGGUUCGAACCUCUCUGCCAAACCACCCAAAACACCCUUCAGCCGACCACGACGACGACUACGACGACAGCAGCUCGUCAGACGAGAAGCCCAAAAAGUGUUACGGUUCCUCUAAGCAUCACCACGAGGACAAGAGGGACAGGAAGUCCAGUCGGAAGAGCAGCUCCGCCUCCAAAUACUCCAGCAGGAAGUCCCGUACCAGUUCCAAGUCCAUGGAGCUGUUCUCGUCCCGCCGCAAACGCAGGAGCACCGUCAACCGCAAGAAAGUUUCUGCCGCACGCGAGAAACGCUUCACCUUCGUCCUCGCCGUGGUCAUGGGCGUUUUCGUCGUGUGCUGGUUCCCGUUCUUCUUCUCCUACAGCCUAUACGGAAUCUGUCGUGAGCCGUGUGAGGUUCCCGAAACGCUCUUCAAGUUCUUUUUCUGGAUUGGCUACUGCAACAGCUCUCUGAACCCGGUCAUCUACACCAUCUUCAACCAGGACUUCCGCAGAGCCUUCCAGAAGAUCCUCUGUAAGUCCUGGAAACGCUCUUUCUGAGCUGAGAGAGCCCUGCGAUGGACUGGCUUUGUAGGAGGCAGUUUUCCCUGCGGACAUCGUGUUCACACUGAUCCGAGGCGUCUGAUGAUGUGCCGGCCUGAGGUGCUUCGCCACCUUUACUUUCAGGGAUUGUAUCAGAAGCGACCGGGUGGAUAAAGAAAUCAAAUUCAAGUACAAAAGUGGGCUUGAAAUACAGGCAUAAGCUCUUUGGUUGUCUUUCACAGGUGGACUGAUGUGGACUUGGAGUCAUUUACCCGCCUCAUUGACUUCUCACGGUCACUGUGAUGCAUGCCCGUCACAGUGGCCGCUCUUCAAUGAAACUCACGGGAGGCAAAGAGUUUACAGAGAUGCUCGUCUUACAACGUGACCUCAUUCACUGAGUCUAACGCGAAGGCCUUGACAAUCUCCACACAAACUUUCUUUGUUUGUGACUUUGGAUUAUUGUACCUUUUUCCUGUCUCUUACUCUGUUCUGGUUUUUGUUCUUGACCUUUCUACUACGUCACACUCUCAACAUGAGGACCAAUGGGACGAAGGGGCUCCUUGCUUACUGUUAAAGUAGCAAAACUUGUUUC